GUUCAGACAUUCCCGUGUCCCAGCCCCUGCCCUGCCCACCUGAUCCACCCUCCCUCUGCCAACAGUCCUCUGGGUAGGGUUUUAUGGUUCUGAUAAAGCCUUGCAAGGGCAAAGUCCAGAAAUACUUCCUCCUUGUCUGGGCCCUGGGAGGGUCAGCAUCCCUGCUGCCAAGAUGGGAGACAAGGGCGUGCCCUAGAGGUCCCCACCAGAGAGACCUCAUGAACUCUCUCCCCUGCCAGCCACUCCCUCUAGUAUAAGGGCCACCUGCAGCCAGCCACCACUUCCCACACAUCUCUUCUCUCCAGGCAAGCUAUCAGCCCAGACUCUCAAGAUGGCCUAUGUCCCAGCACCGGGCUACCAGCCCAGCUACAAUCCGACUCUGCCCUACAAGAGCCCCAUACCAGGUGGCCUCAGUGUCGGGAUGUCCGUUUACAUCCAAGGAACGGCCAAAGAGAACAUGAGACGGUUCCACGUGAACUUCGCUGUGGGGCAGGAUGAAGGGGCGGAUAUUGCUUUCCACUUCAAUCCUCGCUUUGACGGCUGGGACAAGGUGGUCUUCAACACAAUGCAAAGUGGACAGUGGGGCAAGGAGGAGAAGAAAAAGAGCAUGCCUUUCCACAAGGGCAAGCACUUCGAGCUGGUGUUCAUGGUCAUGCCCGAGCACUACAAGGUCGUGGUGAACGGAAGUUCCUUCUAUGAGUACGGGCACCGGUUGCCUGUACAGAUGGUCACCCAUCUGCAAGUGGAUGGGGACCUGGAACUUCAGUCCAUCAACUUCCUCGGAGGCCAACCUGCUGCAGCCCCAUAUCCGGUCAUGACAGGACCCCCAGUCUUCAAUCCGCAUGUGCCAUAUGUGGGGGCUCUGCAGGGGGGCCUUACAGUCCGAAGAACUAUCAUAAUCAAGGGAUAUAUACUUCCUACAGCCAGGAACUUUGUCAUCAACUUCAAGGUGGGAUCGACCGGAGACAUAGCUUUUCACAUAAACCCCCGCAUAGGUGAGAGUGUGGUUCGCAACAGCUAUAUGAAUGGCUCUUGGGGUGCCGAAGAGAGGAAGGUGGCCUACAACCCAUUUGGCCCUGGGCAGUUCUUUGAUCUGUCAAUUCGUUGCGGCAUGGAUCGCUUCAAGGUGUUUGCCAACGGUCAGCACCUUUUCGACUUCUCCCAUCGGUUCCAAGCAUUCCAAAGGGUAGACACGCUGGAGAUCACUGGUGACAUCACCUUGUCCUAUGUCCAGGUCUGAGCUCCUCCUGGGGAAGGAAGCAGAAAGAUCCCCGAGUUCCAUCUAAGCUCCUAAUAAAAUGUUGAAG